GUUACAGGUAGAAGUUAAAUGCGAUUGAUAUAUUGAAUUGCGAUGUCAAGGGUUUGUCGGAACGCCCAUCGCCAACACCUUUAGCAAAGACAUUAAUGUGAGAUAUUAGACUACUACUCGUGUAGUGAGUUGGAUGCUGGCAGCAGACGUGCCCUUCACGCGCUUGUCUCUAGCGGAAGUGACGUCUGGGUAUGGCCGUCGACCAUGGCUGAAGACGAUGAGAUUGUUUUGAGUUUUAACGAAAGUUUGCUGCGAAAAUCAGACGUAGACCUGCUUGGGGGGCCGUGUUGGAUCAAUGAUAAUUUAAUAGGCUUCUGUUUCGAAUAUUUUGAAAGGGAACAGUUCAAUCACUCUGCUGACCGCCUGGCCUUGCUGUGCCCCUCAACAGUUCAGUUCAUAAAGUUUGCAGCAAGUGAAGAUCUUGUCCUAGCACUUGAGCCUCUGAAUUUGCCAACAAAAGAGUUUGUCUUUCUGCCUGUCAAUGACAACUCUUGCACCAGCAGAGCAGGUGGUUCCCACUGGAGUCUUCUGGUGUUUGUGCGAAGCAAAGAAGAAUUUCAGCACUAUGAUUCUGGUGCAAGUAACAACAGCGUUGUGGCAAAAGCCCUCAUGGACAGACUGCAGCCAUUUUUACAGGCCUCGAAACGCAGAUCAAAGUUUGUAGAAAUGGACUGUCCUCGCCAGAGAAAUGGUUAUGACUGUGGGAUGUAUGUGAUCUGCGUGGCAGAGCACUUGUGCCGACAGCUGUGUGAGUGUUACAAUGUUAGUCUCAUGGAUGUCAUCACGGAGGCAUCUGUGCAGCAGAAAAGGCAGCAAAUUCUCAAAAUGAUCUUUGACAUGGCCGAUCAAAGUCAUCGCUUCAGCUGAUAAGGCAGCCCUCAACACAGUUGCUGUCUGGUUGGUCAGCUGGAAACACAACCCUCUACCCCUCAGGAUGGAAAUGGAAGUCAUCUCCCAGGCCAGCAUCGGACCUCAACUUAUCAUAAUUUUUAUUUGACCUUUAACACCUGCCAUCUAAGCCUUUGAUUUGGAUUUUCAACUGAAUCUUCCCGCGUCAAAUAUUUCUCUAGGGCACUCUAUAUUGGGUAUAGAAUGCUAUCAUUUAGCUAGUCUUGUCUUCGGCAGUUUUUUGUCUGACAGUUUCUUCUAAAAGCCUUUUGACAAGUGUGUCCUGUAUGCCUUAAAAAUCCAUAUGAAUGAGAUGGUUUACUGCGUAAAGGUGUGGAAGGUGAGUUCAGGACAUGUUUUUAGUGGGAUAGGGAGGGCAGCCUAUGCCUAAGCAGUAAAAGAGGUUUGCCCUUCCUUGGCCACAUUAAUGAUUUAUCAGUGCUAAUUGUAUGUAAGGGAUUGACUGUGUGUGUUCAAUUUGUCAUGCACCCGGAAUCAACAGUGGCUUCUUCGUCUUCAUGCCUCAACAUAAGUGUAAGUGCAGUGACUAAAACUGUUGGUAUCUUUAUUGAGGCUGAAACAUUUAAAACACAAAAUUUCUGGCCAGCAGUCUUCUUUCACUAUUAAAAGAACAUGCUUCUAGAAGUUUUCAUGAGUGUUAUUCCCAUGGGCCUGAUGCUGUUGUAUUAAAUAGUUGUUUUGGGGAGAAUCAGAAUGGGGAAAGUCUCCCAGAGCUGUGCAUGUCACAAAGGGAUUUAGUACUGCAUUUAUCAAAAACUAUUAACACUUCUGCUGUCAUUCCAUCAUCUGAACAAAAAUCAACACCAGAGCAAUAUGGUGAUGACAUGGAUGCAUCACCUCACCAAAAGUUGGCAGCUUUAGUAAAGAAAACUCCAGUGAUGUGGAAAAUAAUGGAUGCUGAGUACACUAGAAUGAUUUUACUAUAAUUAUUUUUCUGCUGAAACCCAUAAAAAAAAAUUUUCAACAAGCAAAAUGUUUUAUGUUCUCUGGUGUUUGUGCACUGUGACAAACUCCAUUCAUGCAGUCAAGUAAGUUUGUGUCUUACAGUCAGCUAGCCCCUCAGCCUGCAGCUAACUAACCCUGAAAAAUGCAGUCAUUCAUAUCUGUGUCAUGGGGAAGUUUUCAUUGUGUCUGAAGGCUGACCAAAUAAUUGUCCUUGCACGGGAAGCUUAAUAAAAUCAACAACCUUGAACUUUUGGAUAAGGCAAUCUCUAACCUUCAACAGACUGAAAAGGAUUUAGUUGGGGACAUCCUCAUGGCUGAAAAUAAUCCAUGGACAUGGAGGUUUGCUGGUGUACAGUCUUCUCACGUACAUUCAAACACACAGAGGGAAGGUCAUCUAUCCUGCAUAAGGCAUAAGUUGUUGGUUUGUCUUCUGUUAGUGGAGACAGCCAGCACCAUUUAUGCUCGGUGUUCUUGCAGGGCAGCUUAGCUGUCUGAGAUAUGUGGCAUGUGUGAUUUUGGUGUAUCCUUCACAUUUGUUUAUUUUCCAUUUGGUGAUUUAGACAAGCCAUGAAGUGUUUUCUUAUCAGGUCUACAUUUUUAAAUUGGCUCAUUUAUUGACUCAGAAAGGGCUUUGCAUGCAGAAUCAUAGAUAUUAAGGACUUAAUCAAGUGGAGGUUAAACUGACCCUGUGAUUUCUAAAUGCUGACUUGGGAGCUACGAUACUUAUAGCAACAAAAGCCAGAUUCAAUAGCUGAUGACACAGCAUCAGUGGGGACUAAAGUAGAGUUUCUGUAGUGAGAUCUGUCAACAAGGGACAAAGUUGUUACUAUAACAUUAUUUUUUCUUGAAAAUUUGUAAAGGGUUGUGUUUAACUCUGUGUGCAGUUUUUUAACAGAUUUAUUUAAUGGGUGUAGUUGCUAUACUUUCUUUUUCUUUGCUCAUUUCUUCUUGCAUUCAUUUGCACAUUUGUGUUCUUGCAUCCUAGAGACAAUAAUGGUGAUGUCUUGUCUCACCUCAUAUCUUGUCAUUGUCAGGCCAGUUGAGUUAUUGUAUUGGUUACUUCCCAUUGCUUGGUCAGGCAAAGCUAAAAGUAGUCCUCAGUUGUAGUUUUAGAAAGACUUUGUUAAUGCUGUAUUAUUAUUAUUGACGACAGCUCACAUAUUUAUUGACAGUUGCAGUUUACAUAGAUUUACAUAAAAAUAGCAAUCAAAAGUGACUGAUUAUUAUACACCACUUUUUCUACAGCCAAGUGGAUCACACAAUUGGCUUUGAUUCUGAGUGCACACCACAGAGAGAUAUCCUGUUUUUAUCUUUUCAUCCUUGUCACAUUCACUCGAUUUUAAACGUUUCUUUUUUUUUUUUUUUUUGGAGGGGGUGGGGCUACUGAUAUCACCAGCAACUAUGGUUGCAAAUUUCCCAUCACCAGGAUUUAAACAAUUUUCAUCUGGCCUGUUUCCAUAGUUUCCAGCAUGUCCAUGGUCAUCAACCUGUGUAUUCACCUGCAGAGUUCUGAAAGAGACUUCAUGCUCUGGAAUGAUGAGAUAGCUCUUUUUGCACAACAGUUCAUUUGGAAUGUGCCAUUACAAUUCUUAAACCAUGCUUUGCAUUUCUUUAAGUACCACAACUAAAGCCAUUGUCUAAAUAAAUGCAGUAGAUUAUUUAAGUUUUAAAUUAAUUAGCUGGAAUUAAGCUAAGAACUCUUCCCCAAAGUACUGCUUCCCAACCCCACUGAUGUGCUGGUUAUGUCCCCUCCACACAAUUAUAGCUCUUACUCCUUUUUCUCCUACCUGCUGUUUGAGUUCUGUUGAUUUAACAUCCACCUUUCAGCAUUGACAGACUUUCUGUCUGUAGUUUUAUACUAAAAGCAAAAUCCAUCACAGAAAAUCCAGGUGUAAUGUCAUACUUAUUGUCGUUAUCUGAGUACCUAUAGUUUUUGUCAUCUGGCCAAACCAUGGACAUAAAGCCAAUUCUAGCUUUAAAUGGAUGUGUUUUUAAUAAGAUGUCAUCUGCUAUUUUCUUGUAACCUUUCUCCCAUCAAUCAUUAUGUUUGGCUGUUUGAUGUGCAGCACCAUAUUGUGUUCUUUUUUGCAGACUGUGGCCCUUUAGGCAGCUAGUGUGUUUGUGUUAGUGUUUACUCAUUGCAGUUAACUCUUUAACUAAAAAGCCUGGUCUUUUGAGCAUUUGUUUGUUUUGCUUGGCUAAUGGAGAGAAAGUAGGAGACCAUUUUAUGUUUAUGUUAAUGAAGAUUUUCAAUGCAAAAGUGGUAAAGGAAUCUUAUAGCUGUUCAUAUCUCCAUUGUCAGGUAUUAAAUACUUUUUUAUGUUGGGUUUAUGUAAACUGUUGCUAGUGCAAUUAGUAUUUCAUAUUCAUUAAUUAUUAUUAUCAGCCAUUAAAUUAGGUUUCCUCUGAUACUGAUUAAUGAAGGAACCUUUGAACGUUUUACUUUUAAAACAUUUGUUUUCCUGUCCAUUCAUUCCAACUCAUUUUCAUCUCAUUGCAAGUUACAGACCUACCAGUAGUUCGUCACUUACAUUAUUUCUCUCUUUCACCUUCUUUCUUUUACAAAUGUUUGUUACAGUUGCUUUUUCCAAGAUUAUAUGAGUGCUAGUGUGUUUUGUUAAUGAACUGACCAUGUGUACUGGGGAUUAAUUGUGAAAUGUUGGUACAUCUGCAUAAGAUCAUAACAUAAGCUCUUCAUUUGAUGCUCAAGGGCAGUAUUCCAGUUUCAGUUAUGUGAGAGAUUGUGUUGGGCCAACAUGUUUUUUGCAUUACAUCCUUUAUAAUGCUGUUUGAGGUUUUUGAAAAAGUGUACUUUCCUUUUUCAGCCUCAUCUCUGUAAUGCAACAUUUCUUGAUGACAGUUGAAAAUUUGUCCUGAUACAAGGGUUUCUUUAGAGAUGAUAGGGAUUUUCUCUUUGUGCUCUGUCAGACACUGUCAUAUUAGAGUGAGGGGAUUUUCUCUGUGAGCUCUGUCAGACACUUAUAUUAGGUGGCUGUCAGCAUGCUGACUGUUAGAGAUCUUUGAGAUUGGUUGGCUGCAGGUGAAAAUGAGCACAUGCUAGAGAAAGUCAGCAAGUCAGAUGUAGAAAAAAGAUUAUCUGUAUGUAUAUUGGGCAUUUUCUGAGUUAAAAAAAUGAUCUGAAUUUAUGAAUGUUUUCAUAGGACUGAGGUCAGGGGCUACAGACAGGAGAUACAUGAGUCAUAGCUAGUGAUUCCAUUGUAUAUCUUGCUGUUGAAGAAGAAAGUUUUAAGAUAGCUGCUGGGAUCACUACUAGCCAUGCCAGUCUUGAUGUACACCAUUCUUCAGGUGCAUGCACCACUGUAUUGUUUAAGAAGCAAUUUUCUUAACAGCAUUUUCCUUCUGCAGAAUAUCACCUGUUCUCACAGAAUCAGUGAAUCUUCUCAUGCCAUUGUUUGUACAGUUAAAAUUAUUAUUUAAGCAAUUAAGUCUUCCAAUACAGUUUGUAACUGCAGAUGCAAAUGUCAUCAUAGCUAUAGCUCAAGUAGAUCGUCCCUACUGAAAGAGUUUGUGUUCUUGUAUGGUUGUCUUGUGAGUGUUCUUUGAAGUUACAGAACUGAUUCUGUGCUUGGUAGACAGGACAAAGUAAUGCAUCAAUUUACGCAAUUAUUAAUGAUCUUAGAGGAAUAGGAGAGUGCUACAUGCCACUUUGCUGUGUAAACUUGUUUUUCUUAUGCAUCUAAACUUACGCAUAAUGCCAGACCCUUAACACCCGAGCUCAUUGUAUGGUUUUAGAUGAAACAUUAUUAUUUUGAGGGCAUCUGUAGACAGUGGCAAGUGUGUGGUGGCACUUAGUGUCAGGGGUAUGUAGACACUGGCAGAUAGGUGUAGAUGGCUUGCAGCAAUUGCGAGUUCAGUCUUUGUGGUGACAGAGCUUUGAGAGAAAUUUAGUCAGCAUUAUUUGUUAAAGCUCUUAGCAGUAUAUCACAAGUAAAGCACAUAUUGUGUUUAGUCCGUAAACAGUAAUCACAAGACCAGUCCUCAGAUUGACCUUGAUCCUGUGCUUCACUGGCAGGCUGUUGAAAUGAUAAGAUAGGUUGUGGAUUGUUCACACUGGUAUUUUAGGAUUCUGAUUGAUUUGAAUCUAAGAAAGGUGAACUAAUGGAUACCAGGAAGGACAGGUGUGACCUAGUCAUUGCAUAGCUGUGCUCUGACAGGUACAUUAGUUACAGACUUAACUAAAGCAGUCAGGUACCAGACCCUAGAUAUCCAGUGAGUGUGAUGGUAUAACUCUCCUAGUACUUUUCCGUGGUGGGAUUGUGUGUAAUUAGCAGAUAGGGAAAUGAAAUAUAAGGAGGAACACUAGGAGAUACAGUUUACGGUGACAAAGCUGUGACUGAAUUCGGAGGUCUUACACUGACUGCUGGCAUUUUGGUGGCUCACAUGGGACAUCUUCAGAACUGAUGCACGUGCUUUUUUUCAAACGGCAGCAUGUUUUAUCUGGGACUUCACACAUUUUGCAGACAUCACUGUUUUCUAGUCUGUUCUUGUUUUCUUUGGGUGGAAGCUUCAUGUUGUCCUGUGCAAGAAACACGUGGAGGAACAUGGCUGACCCAGCAUGGCAAUGUUGGGAUGAGUGUAUGAAGAUUACCAUAUGCUGCAGUCAAAAAAGGGAGUUCACAUUAGACAUUCAUUCUCAUUCUCUAUAAGACACUCAGUCAUCCAUAUCACUGAGGCAUGUAGUGCUUGAGAAUAAGAUGACGGUACUGUUGGCACAUGUGAAUACUCCUGGUUCACCCUGUUUGUCAGAAAUUCUUGAGGCCACAAAACAGGAUUGAAGAUGUUUGUAGACAAAAUGCUGAACCAGAGCAAUGUCAGCAAUUCUAUUUCCAGUGAUACACAAGUGCUUGAUUACAGUAUGACAACAUUUAAAAAUGCUGAACCCAAAAAGGUCCUCUGAGAAAGCAAACAUUCUGUUAUUGUGCAGGUCACAAUGUGAAAGCAAGUCUUUAGUUCUGAGUGUAUAUUAUCAGGCCAUGGUAGCAUGAAAGAGUUAAGGCUUGGUGUUUUUGUUCUGUGUAUUUAGCCCUAUAUUUUAGGCCUGAAAGUAAACAAAUACGGCUGUUUAUGCAAUCAGUGUUAGAGGAGGUAUUCAAGCUAUUUAUAUUCUUUCAUGAUAUUAGCACAAACAAUUCUGAUGGAAGAAAACAAAUUGUGAUAAGGUUCUAGAUUCUUAAAAUGUAUAAGUAUAAUAAAAUACAUAAAUAGUGUAAGAUUCUUAGGAAUGUCAUCACGAGUGACAAAGAAGGUAUCAAUAUAUCAGCAAUAUCAAAUGCAUAUGGCAGUGCAUAUUCAUCAAUAUUAUUUGAUGCUUACAUGUGUUUUAAAUUCCAAUAUAUUUGCCAAGCAAAUUGUGAAAAUGUAAGAUUUUUAUUGAUUACUAUUUUUCCAAAUACCUAAAUGUUUAAACUGUGUGUAGAAUAGUUUCUGAACUUGAGUAAUGAACAGGAAAAAAUAUUAUAUCUAAGGGUUAGGUAACCAUUCUCUCAUAUGCCUCAUCAGGUUUUCCUGCAUUAAAGCUUUAUUUAUAAACAGGAGCUUAUACAAACAACUGUCAGUAGCAUCAUGCAGCCAAAUGGUGGUCAAGGGAUAUUUCUCAGAAGUCAGUUUUCGUCUUUCAAAAAGCACAAGUAGAGUCAGAUGUUUGGCAGCAGGUAUUAUUGUCUUGUAAAUUAUGGUCAUCCAAGGGUUGGUAUUACAGCUUCAUUUUGCUGUUGUCGUGGUAUCAAAUAAUCUUUGCUUUUGAAAUUAAGAUUAUCUUGAACAUGAUGCAGUCACACACUUCUUACAUACUUCUUACUUCUAACCCUCCAAAAACUGUUUGGUCUUUGUUUUGGUGGGGGAGGGAUGAUUUAUAUACUUUUUUCUUUUUAAAAGCUAAACUUGCAGAAUUAUUUCAAAUUACUAGGUUUCAUUAUUACAAGGUCCUAAAAUAUGAGCAAAUAACACAAUAUUUACUAGCUGGACAUUUGUGAUCAUAGCUGUUGUUUGCUUUCAAGUGAAAAUUAAAAUCCCAGUUCCCAUUGUCUUGGCAAUGAUUUUCUAACAUGCACUAUGUACUUUGUGUCUGUGACAUCACGCCAGGUACAUCAGAUCUUCAAGUUUUGAAUUUAGGUGCACAUGCUUUUCCAAGAAGCAGUUUAGUAAAUCAUAAAAAAUACACAGCCCGAACCUGAAAAAAAAGAAAAACAAUUUUAAACUCUGCAUGUGAAGAAUUCAGUUAAGUCUGUUCAACAUGGAGAGAGUAACAGGAACACUGGAUCCAUUGAUGGUAAUGAAAUUCUACUGCAAGACCAGAUACACGUAUAAAGAUAACCAAAAGCAAACAUUUAUCGUUGAUGGUGCCCCAGGGGAAAACUUUGCAAAUAGCCAGCAGGAAAUUGAGGUUUGGCAGUUAACGGGAGAUUUUACUUGUUUAUUGUAGCGUCAUGAAAUGACAUUUUAAAAUCUCAGUAUUUUUUAUGCAAUUUGUUUUUGCUUGCUGUGAUAUGAUGACUUUGCUAGUAAAAUGUCUUGGUCUUUUUUAUUAUUAUUUGAUGGGGGUAAGGAUACUGUUUAGGUUUUGUGGCUGCCUGCUUGAACAUUUUAAAUUUAUCGAAGCAGAGGAACUGAUAAACUUGAGAAACUGGAAAGCAGAAAAAAAAAUGUAUGAUUGGAAACUGCAUAUCCAUGCAUGAACUCUUAUGUCAGCCACACUUCAGCCUGUAGGUAUGCAAAGAAUGCUGAGGUCACUCACAGAAGUAUGAAAUGCAAAGAGGCAUUACAAACUUCUCAAUUUCAAUUGUAAUUUUCAAGGAUAUUUUCUAGGCAAGGUGGCAUGUUGGUCUCAGGCUCAAUGCAGGAAUGUAGAUUAUAAGGCUGUUGUGUAACAGAAUUAUAAUUGCAUUUGAAGUCUUUGUGAAAAGCUUCAUCUGCUCUGACUGUUGUACAAACCUUUGUGCUAGCGAUAUAAAUCUCCUUGUUGUCUCUUGAUUUAAGCCAAAAACGUGUUGGCUUUUUUGUAAAAUAUGUUAAAAAAAACUGAUGCAACUUA